AUGAAGAUUGAAGCUAUCAUCAUCGCCCUCGCUGCUCUUAUCGCAACGGGGGCCGGUGCUCCUAUCGACAAAGCCCCAGGAUAUCCCAUCGGCUUCCCACAACACGCACCACCACCAUCCAUCGAAAAAAGAUUGCAUCUUCAAGGAGAAGGGCAGUGGUACACGCCGUCUGAUCCUUGGCAAAACGCGGCGGGAAAUCCUGUGUAUUAUGACGUCCCAGCCUGGCAGCAAACUACCUCGGCCGGUGACCGGCCAGACGACAGAAGCGGCGGCGUUCCACAGUAUCUUGGUGGUAUUCUUGAGGGUGCCGCUUGA